CGCGCGAACCACUUCCCUAGGCCUGGUUCAACCGCCCCGCCGGCUCCUUCCAGCCUCCUCCGCUGCGGACGGCGAACGUUUUCUUCCUUGAGAGGAUGAUUAACCGGAGUUCUCUACUUGCGGUCAUUUCCCUUUUUCCCCUGGCGUUGUUCUGCUCUUCCUUUGCGACGGAUGGAAACGAGUGCGGAAUAAGGCCUGCUGUAGACAUAUCAGGGAGUCGGAUUGUAGGUGGAAAUGAAUCUGAGGCAGGGGCAUGGCCAUGGCAAGUUAGCCUUCAAGUAUAUAAUCAUGGUGCAGGAUUUAUCCAUUUAUGUGGUGGAACUUUACUUAAUAACCUCACAGUAUUGUCAGCUGCACACUGCUGUAUAGGAAAAUCGCGUCCAGAGAGGUGGAGGGCUGUGAUUGGCUUGCAUCAUCUUUUCAAACAUAAAACAUACACUAUAAAAAGACGUAUAAAAGCCAUCAAGAUCCAUUAUUUCUAUCACUCAAAAGGUUAUGAUGAUGAUAUUGCUGUGUUUCGACUAAGCAAAUAUGUCACAUUUAAUGACUAUGUUCAGCCCGCCUGCUUGCCUAACAUUACUCUUGCCCUGACUUCUGAUAUGGAAUGUUUUGUAAGUGGAUGGGGAAUGAAAAAAGAAAAAGAAUGUGGAACAAGGCCUGCUAUGGAUGAGACGGCAUCAGGCAAUCGGAUUGUAGGAGGACAUGAUGCUCCACUUGGAGCAUGGCCAUGGCAAGUUAGUCUUCAAGUUUACCACUUUGGUGUAGGAUACCAUCAUAUUUGUGGUGGAGUAGUAAUUACUAACAACUCAUUGCUGACAGCAGCACACUGCAUUAGAAAAUGGAAGAGUCCAGAGUUUUGGAGAGCUGUAUUUGGCUUAAAUCAUCUUUAUCAGCAUCAGUAUUACACUAGAGCGAGACAAAUCAAAGCAAUUAUAAUCCAUUCUCAUUUCAAGCGGGAAACGUAUGACAAUGAUAUUGCAUUAUUCAAAUUACAAAAUCCUAUCAUAUUUAAUGAUUAUAUCCAGCCUAUCUGCUUACCUCCAAGUCCUCUUUUUCUAGGUAAUGGUACUCUAUGUUAUAUAACAGGAUGGGGAAGUGCACAUGAGAAAGGUGAAAAACAAUAUAUAUUACAAGAAGCAAAGGUUGAUAUUAUUCCACAAAGUAUCUGUAACAGAUAUGAUUGGUAUGGUGGAGCUAUAACAACGAAUAUGUUUUGUGCUGGCUCUGAAAGUGGAGCUGUGGAUAGUUGUCAGGGAGACAGUGGUGGACCAUUGAUGUGUAAUAAUAUCCAAGAUGUCACACAAUAUUAUCUGGUAGGAAUAACCAGCUUUGGCCGAGGUUGUGGCCGACCACAAAAUCCAGGGAUCUAUGUACGUCUAACUAAUUACAGGAAUUGGUUGAACACUCUUUUACAAAGCAGAACUACUACUAUGAACAUUCAUCAUGUUCUAAUAUUGUCGAUUAUAAGAUGGAUAACAUUCCAUAUUUAUCUAUGAAAAAUUAUAUAUAAGACCAUUAUAUCAGAUGGUCUUUUAAAUAUUGCUUCCUCUUAUAAACAUGUAUAGAGCAAUUUUUUUAACA